UCGGGUUUUGCCGCGUAGGGUUUUGUACGCUUGCGCCUUGUUGCGUUCCGUCCUGACAAGUGACAAGUGCAACAAUGAAGAAGGGCGGCGGGGUCGUCGACGACUUCAAGGUUAUGUUCACGAGGAAGGAGUCCACCUGCGUCGCCAGGGGGAUCAUGCUACUCGUCAUCUUCACGGUGGGCAUCGUCGCCGGCCUCUGGACGGCCGCCGGGCCGCGCAAUCAGAACCAGAUAAUCUACAGGAACAUCGUGUUCCCGAGCACCGUCUACGCGGACGGCGACGACGCCGGCGGCUUCGCGGAGUUCGUGGCUCCGACGCAGCUCAUGCACGACAUGACGGAUGAGCAGCUCUUCUGGCGCGCCUCCAUGGUGCCGGUGGCCGCCGGCCCGCCGUACCCGUUCAAGCGCAUGCCCAAGGUGGCCUUCAUGUUUCUCGCGGGCCGUGGCGCCCUCCCGCUCGCGCCGCUCUGGGAGCGCUUCUUCCGCGGCCACGAGGGCCGCUUCUCCAUCUACAUCCACGCGCCGCCGGGCCUGGCCAUGAACUUCUCCACCGACUCGCCCUUCUACGGACGCCAGAUCCCAAGCCAGGAGACCCUGUGGGGAUCCAUAUCGCUCAUGGACGCCGAGAAGCGGCUGCUGGCGAACGCGCUGCUGGACUUCUCCAACGAGCGCUUCGUGCUCCUCUCCGAGAGCUGCAUCCCGGUGCAGAGCUUCCCGACGGUGCGGGACUACCUCGUCGGCUCGCGGCACAGCUUCGUGGAGGUGUACUACGUGAAGACCAAGCAGUGCCGCGGCCGGUACAGCCGCCGGAUGGCGCCGGCCAUCAGGCUGCCGCAGUGGAGGAAAGGCUCCCAGUGGUUCGAGCUCAGCCGGGACAUGGCCACCAGCGUCCUCGCCGACACCACCUACUACCCGCUCUUCAGGAAGCACUGCAGGCCAUCGUGCUACCCCGACGAGCACUACCUCCCGACCACCGUCAGCAUGCUCCAUGGCGACCGGAACGCGAACCGCACCAUCACGUUCGUCGACUGGUCCAAGGGCGGCCCCCACCCGGCCAAGUACGGCGCCAGAGACAUCACGGUGGAGCUGAUCCAGAGCAUCAGAAAGACGAGGAUCGACAGGCCCUGCUUGUACAAUUCUCGGCCGACGUCGAUGUGCUUCCUGUUUGCGAGGAAGUUCACACCUGACACUCUCGAGCCACUGCUGAAUAUCUCGUCGGCGGUCAUGGGGUACUAGCCAUCUCCGGUGCUGGCAGUGACGAGCAGGAUAAAUGCUUCCAUGUUUGUAAAUUUAGGAUCGAUACAACAACCUCUUGUAAGCUAACU